AUGAUUGCUUCAACCAGCAGCACAGAUGCCCUUACCCCCACCGGGGAUUCCAAUAGUAAAGGCACAACGACUCCCGCAACCAGCACCGAAGACACUGAGAUGCAAGGUGAUCUCAACCACAAUGAUACCCAUGAUGACAUUGCCAUAAUAGGGAUGGCAUGUCGCGUCCCAGGAGAUGUGAAGUCCCCGUCCGCACUGUGGCAGUUCCUCCUCCAGAAAGGUGAUGCUUCAGGCGACAUGCCCUCCUGGCGUUGGGAUCCCUAUCGACAGCGCCAUCCUCGCAAUGCGGCCGCACUGGCAAAAACAACGGCCAAGGGUUACUUCGUCAACGAUAUCGAUCACUUCGAUGCCGCCUUCUUUGCCAUCUCCCCUCGCGAGGCGGAGCAGAUGGAUCCCCAGCAGCGCAUUGCGCUCGAGGUUGCCUGGGAGGCGUUGGAGAAUGCAGGCAUCUCUCCUUCCCGUCUUGCGGGCUCAAACACUUCAGUAUACAUGGGUGUCAACUCCGAUGACUAUGGCAAGCUGGUCUUGGAAGACCUCACCGGUGUCGGUGCACAUAUGGGCGUUGGCACGGCCUACUGCGGAAUCCCUAGCCGCAUAUCAUAUCUGCUAGAUUUGAUGGGUCCUAGCGUUGCACUGGAUGCAGCCUGUGCAUCAUCCCUGGUGGCGGUACACCAUGCCCGACAGGCUAUCCGUGCUGGUGAGACCGAUCUUGCCAUCGCAGGUGGUGUCAACGCGCUCUUGGGACCCGGGUUGACCAGGGUGCUGGAUGAAGCGGGAGCUAUCUCCGCGGAUGGAAAGUGUCGUUCUUUCGAUGACUCUGCUAACGGGUAUGGCCGAGGCGAAGGAGCGGGUGUGGUUAUCCUAAAGCGUCUGGAAAAAGCUCUAACAGACGGUGACCGAGUUCUAGCUGUGCUCAAGGGCAGUGCAGUGGCCUCAGAUGGCAAGACGCUAGGAAUUAUGGCCCCCAAUGCGCAGGCACAGAUUCUCGUUGCCCAAAAGGCACUCAAAGAGGCGAGGAUAACACCUGACUCUAUCAGCUAUAUUGAGGCACAUGCCACUUCCACCUCAUUGGGAGAUCCCACAGAGACGAGUGCCCUAGCUGGAGUAUAUGGUGCUGGAUCUGGACGGCAUUCAUGCAAUCCGUGCUAUAUCGGUUCCAUCAAGCCCAAUAUCGGUCAUUUAGAGGCCGGUGCCGGUGUCAUGGGUCUCAUCAAGGCGGUUCUUGUGCUUCGCCAUGGCCAGGUCCCCCCGCAGGCCAAUCUGCAGACGCUGAAUAGCAAAAUCGCAUGGAAGAAGAGCUUACUAUGCCCGGCCCGCGAGCUGGUGACAUUGCCUCAUGGUACCCCAUCGCGACCAUUGCGGGCCGCUGUAGCAUCAUACGGAUAUAGUGGCACAGUAUCUCAUGCAAUUAUCGAGGCCUUCGCAGGAGGAUUCUUGUGCACCGAUCGACUGGCCCAGCCUCCAGACAGUGAUGGUGCACCAGUCCUCCUUCUCUUGUCCCUGCCUCAAGCGAACCGAAUAUCAACAACAGCUGAUGCCCUAAGCCAAUGGCUGCGACACACUGAUGGGGCGAUAUCCCUCGCAACGGUCGCCUCGACACUGUCACAGCGCCGCGCGCAUCAUCGCUUCCGCCACGCCAUUGUUGCUGAUUCCGUCGCAAACGCCAUCGCUACUCUCGAUGAUCUGUCCAAGAAUGUGCCAAAUCGCUGGGCAAUCAACAACCGAAUUGGAACCGAGGCAGCAAAAGGCCCGGUGUGGGUAUUCUCAGGCCAUGGUGCGCAGUGGCCCGACAUGGGUCGCGAAUUAUUUCACUCUAGCCCGGUGUUCGGGGAAGUGGUGCGCAACCUGGAGCCAAUUAUUCAAGCAGAGCUAGGUUUCUCUGCAAUUGAAUCCCUGCAAGCUGGCUGUCUAAAUCGCACUGAUGUUGUUCAGGCAAUGACAUUUCUCAUGCAUCUGGGCAUCGCCGCCGUGCUCGAGGCGGAGUCUGGUCCUCCUACUGCUGUCGUGGGCCAUUCCCUGGGCGAGGCUGCAGCGGCAGUCGUUUCUGGGGCUCUAACUUGGCAUGAAGGAGCCCUAGUAGUCUGUCGACGAGCGCGUCUUUACCGUGAGUUCAUCGGUGAAGGUGCGAUGGCGCUGGUUCGGCUGCCGGCGUCUGAGGCCCGUGCGCGUAUUGCCACGCACCUCGGCGCGUCGGUCGCAAUCGAGGCAUCACCAACCGUGUGCGUGAUAUCCGGUACUAUUGACGCCGUUCAGAAGAUCUCUCAAACAUGGCGUAAAGAAGGUAUCGAGGUGCGUCCCGUCGCCACGGAUGUGCCCUUCCAUACACCACUCCUGGAGAAGCUAGCAGGUCCCCUCCGAGACGCGCUGAAAGGCGAGCUUCACCCUCAAGUACCGCGUCGGACGCUCUAUUCAACUUCGCUGUUGGAUCCACGUUUAGAAGUACCACGCGAUGUCGAAUACUGGGUGAUGAAUAUGAUCCAACCGGUCCGACUGCAGUCGACAGUGGCCGCACUCGUGGACGACGGAUUCCGCGCAUUUGUGGAGCUGGCGAGUCAUCCCAUAAUAACACACUCGAUAGUCGAGACUGUCAGCGAGCGGACAACCGAUCGGUUUAUGGUGACACCCACAAUGGUGCGUAAGCAGCCGGUACUCAAGAGCAUCUUGGCUGCCGUGGGCCGUCUGCACUGCUUCGGCUGCACUGUGAAAUACACAGAUCUCGACCCGGCUGCGCCAUGGAGUUCAUCUGUGCCCGGUACAAUUUGGAAUCACCAGCCGUUCUACCGCGCUGUGAGCACAAUGACGGCUGCACAGUUGGCGCCAACACACAAAUCUGCCGCAAAUGACCUGCUAGGUACUCGUACCGCGCUGUGGGGAACGGACGAGGUGCUUUAUCAAACCCGCCUCGAGGAAGACAAUCGACCUUUUCCCGGCCGUCACCCACUGCAUGGAUCAGAGAUAGUACCUGCCGCUGUGCUAUUGCAUACAUUUUUGCGCGCACUCUCUCCUAGUAGCGUGGAGAAUGUGUCGCUGCUGGUGCCUGUAGUGGUGUCUCCGGCCCGUGAGAUCCAGAUCCGGCAUAACACGCGUGAGAUCGCUAUCACAUCUCGUCUGGAGGAGUCUACGAGCAACGAAGACGGCUCGUGGCUUGUCAAUACCAUCGCGACUAGGGGCGCUGCUGAUGUAGCAACCUCCAUCAGCCAUAUCAACAUAGCUGAAAUCAGGAAAAGACUGCCACAGAAGCUGUCGGACAACUUCUCAAUGGAUUACCUCACCUCUGUAGGCGUGUCUGCCAUGGGAUUUCCAUGGCGGGUAACUCAGCAUGUGGCCAGUGACGACGAGAUGCUGGCCAUGGUAAACGCCAAUCCGGACAACCUACCUGGCAUGGACGAUUUUUUGGUGUCCGUCAUGGAUGCAUCAACAUCCAUCGCAUCAACCCUCUGGCAUUGUAUGCCCCGCCUCCGUAUGCCCACAGCUGUCCGUCGCAUCGUAGCCGUUGAUGUAGCCACCCCACAAGUCGUGUACAUCCACUGCAGCAAGGCAAAAUCGUCCGUCGACGCAGCUGAUGUGAUAAUCAGUAGUGAGGAUGGUACCGUUCUGAUGGAGAUCCAGGGAAUGGCCUUCGCCGGUGUCGAGGGCGACUCGUUGUCACGAAAAAAUACCUCUGGCCUCGUGCACCAAAUCAGCUGGCCACCGGCCGCUCUGGUUGAGGAGCCGUUAGAAUUUUCCCACGUCGCCUUUCUCGCACCAGAUGCCGCGACGACUUACGUGGAAACCUACCAAAUGCAGCUUGAGAGCAGAGGUAUCUCCACGUCUAUCCAUGAGCAUGCCUCAGACUUGCCCUUGACAGCUCAUUCGUCUAUGGCGGUUGUCUAUCUCCCUCAAGUCACUGAUCAAAUUUUCGAGACCGCCACCAGCGCCUGCAGUCACCUCGUAUCGGCAGCCCAGUUUAUUUUAUCCUUCUCGAAAAAACCCACCGUCCGCCUCUUCACUCUCACCUCCGAAACCAAUCUAGGCCACAGCGCCCUCACAGGCCUCGGCCGGAUUCUGCACACCGAACACCCCGAGAUCUGGGGUAGUCUCAUCGAUCUUGAAGAUCCCUCGGUCUUCCCGCUUAUGGCAAUGCGCUAUGUGCGUAAUACUGACAUUAUCAAGAUCCAGGAUGGGGUCCCGCGCACUGCAUGCCUCCGUCCGCUCCGCUCCGCCCCGCUCCACCCCGCUGCUCUCACUUUCUCCUUGGCAUCCACGUAUCUAAUCACCGGUGGACUGGGCUGUCUCGGUCUCUCCGUAGCCGAGUGGAUGGUCACUCAAGGCGCGAAACGCAUUCUGCUACUCUCUCGUCGCUCACUACCCCCGAGGUCCACCUGGACCACCUCGCAUAAACCCGAGACCUCGUCUAUCAUUCAAAGUAUCCUCUCACUUGAACGCCUUGGUGCCACUAUCCACACCCUGGCCAUCGAUAUUUCCCAUCCAUCCGCUGUGGUGAGUCUUCGCUCGGCGCUCACCACACUCAACCUCCCGCCCGUUGCUGGCGUAGUUCACGCCGCUGGCAUAAUCCACGACCAGCUCAUCGGGCAAAUUACUCCAGAUGUGUUUGAUGCCGUCCUUGCACCGAAGAUCGCAGGCGCCUUGGUGUUGGACACCGUCUUCCCUCCCAAUUCCCCUGAGCUGGACUUCUUCAUCCUCUUCUCUUCUUGCGGUCAACUCUUGGGAUUCCCGGGUCAGGCGUCAUACGCGAGUGGAAAUUCGUUUUUGGACGCCUUGGCGCGGUCACGCAGAAAGGAGGGUGAUAAUUCCAUCUCUCUUCUUUGGACGUCUUGGCGGGGCAUGGGUAUGGGAGCUAGUUCUAAUGGAGCCUUAGAGGCGGAACUCUAUGCUCGUGGAAUUACAGAUGUGACUCCUGACGAGGCGUUCCGGGCUUGGAGUGCUAUCUCUGCAGUUGAGGGUGCCGAUCAUGGAGUUGUGCUUCGUGCUCGGCCGCUUGAAUCUCGGGAACCGCUGCCACAUGCGAUUCUGAGAGAUAUUGUCACGAGGAAAGAGAGAAUUGGGGAUGACGAGAGUGGGGAAAAGGAAAAACAAAGGAACAAAUUGACUGGCAAAGGAUUGGCGGAACAUUUGCGUGUCGUUGUGAAAAAGUGUGUGUCGACGACAUUAUCGAUCCCUGAAGAUGAAGUAGACGAGACAGUGGCGUUGCCAGAGAUGGGCAUGGACUCUGUCAUGACAGUGAACUUCCGCAUGAGCCUGCAGCAGACGCUGAUGGUGGGUGUUGGGCCAACGUUGGUAUGGAAGUACCCUACGAUACAUCAUCUGGUUGAAUAUUUCUGUCGGGUAUUGGAAGAAUAG